AUGUUAUGGAAUAUAAAGCCACAGACUCGUGCCUACCGUUUUACUGGACACGAGGAUGCGGUUCUUUGUGCUUGCUUUUCCCCAAGUGGCGAAAUUAUCGCAUCGGCGUCUAAAGAUCGCACCGUGAAAUUGUGGAUCCCGAACAUCAAAGGUGAAUCAAUCACCUUUCGGGCCCAUACUGCGGCAGUUAGAUGGGUCGAUUUGUCUUCAGAUAGCACCCAUCUCUGCACAGCUUCCUCGGACAAGUCGAUUAAGGUUUGGAAUGUUCAUCGGCAAAAGUUCGCUUACAGUUUAAAUAAACAUGUCAACUGGGUUCGUUGCUGCAAUUCUGACGACAAAACCAUCAGAUUAUGGGAUUGUCGAAAUCAAGAGUGUGUCAAUGUUUUCACUGACACAGGGGGAUUCGCGAACCAUAUCGAUUUCCAUCCCAGUGAAACCUGCUUCGCCUCUGGCAGUUCUAACUCAACCGUAAAGGUCUGGGAUCUGCGUAUGAGACGUCUGAUCCAACAAUACAACGACCACGCGGGAUCAGUUCAGAAGGUGAGCUUCCACCCGUCGGGAAUUUACCUGCUGUCCGCCUCAGAAGACUGCACGUUGAAGAUAUUUGACCUCUUGGAAGGUCGUCCUAUUUACACUCUAAGUGGUCACAAGGGCGCGAUUAGCGCUGCUGCAUUUUCCUGCUCGGGAGAACACUUUGCGUCUGGUGGAGACGAUGAACAGGUGUUCCUUUGGAAGACAAACUUUGCUGAAGUUUCUGAACCCGCGAACCUGCCUCGCGACUCCAUAAUGGCGUCAACACAUGUACGGAAGUCCAUUUUGACUGAGCGAUGGCCUCUGCGAGACAUAUACUGUAGCCAACGUUACACAGACGAUGGUGCAGCGAAUGAUGUCGUCACUACUGGCCAAAAAUCUCCAGCUUCUACUAGUCAGAGGCUUGUUCAAUGUCGUGAACCCGCAGCGACUAAAUUUGUUGAUUCUUCCUCUUCCUCCGCUGCCUCAACUUUUACGACGGAGCCUUUUAAGAAGCCAUCUUCUCCACCCCUCUCCCCCAAGGAGAAUCAGCAAAACCAGGAGAGUGUAGGUGUCACUCCUGCUGAAAAGCCAGUUCAGGUCUCAACUCAAGAGAAUGUUGCAACGAUUCCCGAAUGCAUCGCCUCCACUCUUGCCACUAUGACGUCCCAAUUGAACAUCCUCACACAGACAGUAUCGCUUUUGGAGCAACGAUUAACCAUGUUGGAGGAUACUUUGAGUCAAAGAAAAUAG